UUCCAGUUGAUGUAUUGUGCUCCAGUGUAAAUCAUGAUCUGUGUUGACUAGUGGAACAACAAAAGCUAUUGGAGAAAUAUAAACACAAGAUAGGGCAGCGAGAGGAAGGGUGGAGGUGCAGCGUCGAGUCAUAGAAAACAAGGAGGGACAAGCCGACCGAAGAGGACAAGUGAAGAUAGGAGAUGGAAUAUGAAGGCAAACCUGCGAGCAGAUACGGUGCUGCAGAUCGAGGUGUGAGGCUCUACAGUUCCCUGCCCAUGCGCCCAAACCCUGACGGCAAGAGACUGCCCUCUACUGGGUUUGAUGGUGACAACAUGUACAUGAAUGAAAAUAACCAUGAGUUCCUCCCGCCAAACCAGAGCUACACAGGUCAGACUGGUGGCGGCGGGGGAGGAGGCGGAGGUGGCGGCACUGCCAGCGGAAAUGGAGCCGGGGAUGAGGACUACGAGAUCCCUCCCAUCACUCCACCUAACCACCCCGAGCCUCCUCUUCUUCACCUGAUGGAGCACGACUCUACAGGCUACCUCUGCCACUCGCUGCCACACAAUGGGCUCAUCAACCCGUAUUCCUACCCAGAGCUGCCCACACUCAUGAUGUCUAACAUGCUGGCGCAGGACAGCCACCUCGUUUCCAGCCAAAUGCCCUCGAUGCAGGAGAUGGCUUUGCACCACCACCAACAGCAACACCAUCACCAGCACCCAGACGGCACUCAUUAUGAUCCCGCCCGUAACCACCCCCUGAUAAACAGCUCACCUCCGAUACUGCCCAACCCCAUGAGUGCACUGUCCCAGCUAAACUCUCAGGUCAGCCGGAGUGCACUGCCUCAUGGCUCCCCCUCACCUCCCGGAAGUAAAUCGGCCACACCCUCCCCCUCAAGCUCCAAUCAGGAAGAGGAGACUGAUCCUCAUUCGAAGAUCACAGGCGAGAAGCGGCCGUCUUCAGAGAUGAUGAAGCCCAAGCCCAAACCCCAAAAAAAGAAGAAGAAGAAGGAUCCCAAUGAGCCUACAAAGCCCGUGUCAGCCUACGCCUUGUUCUUCAGAGACACCCAGGCAGCCAUUAAGGGACAGAACCCCAAUGCCACCUUUGGUGACGUAUCCAAGAUAGUAGCCUCCAUGUGGGACGGACUCGGAGAGGAGCAGAAACAGAGCUACAAGAGGAAAACAGAGGCUGCUAAGAAGGAGUACCUGAAAGCCCUGGCCGCCUACAGAGCCAGUCUGGUUUCCAAGACAUAUAAUGACCCAGUGGAGACAAAAAGUGCCCAAACAAGCCAGGCUUCUCCACAUAUGAUGCCAGCCAACCCACCCCUGUACAGUGUGCCACCUCCUCCCCAGCCGUCGUCGCCCUACCUGGGGCCCGGGGCCUUCCCUCUCACCGACCUGCAGAGCUACGCAGGACACGCCCCUCGCCACACCCUGUCGCAGACGCUCAGCCAAUCGCAGAUGCUGCCCAGCAUUAGUGCCUCUCCCCCUUCCUCCUUCCAGAUCAGCCCUCCCCUUCACCCCCACCAGCAGCUCUCCCUGCACCAGAGCUCGCUCCUCAACCAGCCUAUCCGCAUGCAGCAGGUCCAGUCCCAGCCAAUCAUCCCUCACCAGAUGGGGCUGCAGGCCUCUCUUCACUCCCCACCUCCUGGGCAGCAGGGUUUUUCUCACCUCCAGUCAGAGUAUCAGAAGAGCAUUGGGGGUUCCCAGUCUCCAGGAGCCCCUGGCCCUGGUCCAGGCCCUGGAGUGGCUCAGAGCCAUGACUGGGACAGUGAAUACUGCAAUCGGGAGUGUGGCAACCACUGCAGUGGCAGCAUGAUAGGCAGGGACAAGCCACUCUACCUCACCUGAAACUGAAGAUCAUACUCUGUCGACAAAUACGACACCGAGGAGUCUACUCUCACCACCCCAACCCCUUCCCCUUCCCCCUCUCCCACCCCA